AUGGGCGGCGACCAGCCGCACGCAAACGGCUCUGAGCCCGUGGAAAACGGUGUCAACGGGGUCGAGGACGUGGAGAUGGAAGAGGACACGGCAGGUGGGCCUACAUCGUCCAUCCAAACCAACAAGGACCGCGAUGGUGACGAGAUGACUGUUGUAGUGCCCCCAUCCAAGGGUUCCCGAUUAUCCGGACAGCCUGGUCAGGAUACUAAGAAGGAUCAGGAGGGAGACGUUUCCAUGGAGGGUACAGAAGAGAAGGAGGCUAAGGAGACAGAGCCCGAGAUUGAUCCCCGCGCCAAGGCAGUGCAAGAUAUCAAGAACAACUUCAAUCUCCUCGAGCGCGCGGUGACCCAAUUCGACCCCAGAUUUACCCUCCGCGUCUUGCGGUCGAUAUCCUCGAUGCGGAAACAUAUUACCCCGGACGUCCUGGCGGAGGUCAUUGUCGACACAUAUCCCAGCUCGCACCAGACGGCUUCCUUUUUGUUGGAGGCGAUCGGUAAGGCGGGCGCCUAUGACGGCGCGAAGAUGGAGCUGGAUUCGGAUAAGUCCAAGCCGGUCGCGCGGGAGAUCUUACCCGAGGUCGACAUGUACCUGUCCAUCCUGGUCCAGAUCUAUCUCUACGAUCACAAGGAGAUCCAGCGGGGCGCCGACUUCUCUAGCAAACUGGUAGAGCGGUUGCGGACUCUGAACCGGAGAACGCUAGAUUCGCUGGCGGCUCGCGUGUACUUCUACUACUCUCUGUUCUACGAGCAACUGGCUCCGCUGCCUCCGUCCCCUACCGCUGCGGUCAUCUCCAUCCGCAAGCCCUUGCUCGCUGCUCUUCGCACUGCCGUGCUUCGCAAGGAUGUGGACAUCCAGGCCACCGUCAUCACGCUGCUGCUGCGUAACUACCUGUCGACAUCGCACGUCACUCAGGCUGACCUGCUCAUCGCACACAACACCUUCCCGGCCUCUGCGUCCAACAACCAGAUCGCUCGAUAUUUGUACUACCUGGGCCGUAUCCGUGCCAUUCAACUGCGGUACAGCGAAGCACAUGAACACCUUACCGGGGCUACGCGCAAGUCGCCGUCCAGUUACAGUGCCAGCGGCUUCUACCAGGCCUCCACGAAGCACCUGGUCAUUGUCAAUCUCCUGAUGGGCGACAUCCCCGACCGCUCCAUCUUCCGCCAGCCGUCCCUGGAGCGGGCUCUGCAUCCGUACUUCCUCUUGGUGCGUGCGGUGAGCGUCGGAGACCUCGAUGGGUUUUUGAAUAUCGUCAACACCCACGGCGCCACGUUCCGGAAAGACGGGACCUACACCCUGAUCUUGCGGCUGCGACAGAAUGUCAUCAAGACCGGCCUUCGGGUGAUGUCCCUUGCGUACUCCCGCAUUUCGUUGCGCGAUAUUUGCAUCCGUCUCGGGCUGGACAGCGAGGAAUCAGCCGAAUAUAUCGUCGCCAAGGCCAUUCGAGAUGGCGUCAUCGAGGCUUCGAUUGACCACGAGAAAGGCUAUAUGCAGAGCAAGGAGGUUGGUGACAUCUACUUGACCAGCGAGCCCAGCGAGGCUUUCCAUGCACGGAUUAAAGCCUGUCUGGCCCUUCAUGACGAGAGUGUCAAGGCGAUGCGAUUCCCGAUGAACCAGCACCGUUUGGAGUUGAAGAAUGCGCAGGAGGCGCGGGAGCGGGAGCGGGAGCUGGCCAAGGAGAUCCAGGAAGGAGAGAUGGACGAGGAUGACGCGGGCGGUGACUUUGACGGCAUUUGA